AUGUUGGCUCUGGCGGUUCUCGGCCUGGUCGGCCUCGUUUCGGCUGGCCGUAUCGUCAUCGGACUGUUCGGUAAUGUUGUGCCGAAAACCGCCGAGAAUUUCCUUCAACUUGCCACUGGAGCCAAGGGAUUCGGUUACAAGGGCAGCAAAUUCCACCGUGUCAUCAAGGACUUCAUGAUCCAAGGUUACUAUAUUACCAGUUAUAGCUAA